UGCUUGUUUUCUUGACCUCUCUAAAGCGUUUGACCUGGUUAAUUAUGAUAUAUUAUGGCAAAAGUUAAAAAGCAUCAAUAUGCCUGCUGAACUUUACCACAUUUUUAAAUUCUGGUAUGUUAACCAGGUCAACGUGGUGAGAUGGUCAAACGCAUACUCAGAUCCAUACAGGUUGGAGUGCGGGGUGAGGCAGGGAGGUAUUUCCUCACCCAAGCUCUUCAACCUGUAUGUAAAUGCAUUAAUAGAGGAGCUCAGCAGCACUCAUGUCGGCUGCCAUAUAGACGACGUAUGUUUCAACAACUUAAGCUACGCUGACGACAUGGUGCUGUUGAGUGCCUCUCCGUGUGGCCUGAGGCGGUUGCUUGGCAUCUGUGAGCAAUUUGCUCGUAGUCACGGCCUCGUCUACAAUGUUAAAAAAAGCGAAUGCAUGGUCUUUCAGGUCAGAGGUAAAGACCUGCCACCUGUUCCUCCUAUACGUUUGUAUGGUACUCCAUUGAAUAGGGUAGAAUCUUUUAAAUACCUUGGCCAUGUGGUUACCUCUGACUUGAAGGACGAUGCUGAUAUUGAGCGAGAGCGAAGGGCGUUGUCUGUUAGGGCAAACAUGGUGGCCCGCAGGUUUGCUCGUUGCUCCGCUGAAGUUAAGUUAACUCUCUUUAGAGCCUUCUGUACAACUUUCUACACGAGCAGCCUGUGGAUCUCCUAUACCCAGAAACAGUACAACGCCCUCCGUGUACAGUACAACAAUGCCUUCAGGAUGCUGAUGGGACUGCCCCGCUACUGCAGUGCAUCAGGUAUGUUUGCCAAUGCUAGAGUAGACUGUUUCUACACCACGAUGCGGAAGCGGUGCACAUCCCUGGCGCGUAGGGUGCGGGACAGCUCUAUAGCGGCCUCCUGA